AUGGACGUGGCGGGAGGCAAUGCGAAGCGCCCGGCGCUCGGGGUGAUUGCGGCCGCAGACGCCCUGCGGGCGAACAUGCAGGUCUCCGGCGUGCACGAGCAGAGGCAGUGCGAGCAGGCGGAGCCCGGCCCCGGCGCACGGCGCACGGCGGAUCUCGCGACGGCGCAGGGUCUUGAGUGCAACGAGGGUCCUGUCUACGCGCCCAUUGUGGAGGAUAUUGACUUGCGCGACGCGCGCAAUCCCCAAAUGGUCACAGCCUACAUUGGCGACAUAAUGGCGUCUCUCCGCGACCGUGAGCUGCGCCGCCUGCCCCGCGGGGACUACAUGGCCACCCAGACGGACAUCAACCGCGACAUGCGCGCGAUCCUCGUGGACUGGCUCGUGGAGGUGGCGGAGGAGUACCGCCUGCUGUCCGACACCUUCUACCUGGCGGUGAACUACAUCGACCGCUUCCUGUCCUCCGUGAACGUCAUGCGCUCGCAGCUCCAGCUCGUGGGCGUCGCGUGCAUGCUCGUCGCGUCCAAGUACGAGGAGAUCUACGCCCCGCAAGUGGACGAGUUUUGCUACAUCACCGACAACACCUACUCGCGGGAGGAGGUGCUGGACAUGGAGACGCGCGUGCUCGACACGCUCGAGUUCGAGCUGACCACGCCCACGACGAAGACCUUCCUCCGGCGGUUCGUCAAGGCCGCCGGCGCGCGCUCCACGCUCGAGAUGCUGGCGUCCUACAUGGCCGAGGCGUCGCUGCUCGACUACCGCCUCGUGCACGUGCCGCCGUCGCGGAUCGCCGCCGCCGUCGUGCUGCUCGCGUCCUGGGUCAUGGCCUUCCACGACGAGACCCCCAUCGACCCGGCGAGCCUCUGGGACGCCACCACGCACCACUACACGGGCUACCACUCGGCCGACCUCCAGGGGCCCUGCGAGGUCGUCUUCGAGGUCUACCGCGCCGUGACGCACUCGGAGCCGCUCCGGAGCGCGCCGGACUCGCAGGGCGCGCGCCUCCCGGCCAUCCGCGAGAAGUACAGCACGCCGCGCUUCCGCAACGUCGCGCGCGCCGUGCCGCCGGCGGACCUCCCGGACGCGCUCUUCCACCGAGCGCCCGUCGUGGCCAGCCCGCUGCGGACCUCGCGCUCGUGA